UAUUAUUUAUUGUCACCGAAUUAAGCCGUGCUUUACACAGUUAAGACGAUUCUAAGCUUAGAAGUAAUUCAACAAUUUUGUAUUUUACUCGAAGAUUUUCGUCUUAAAUUGUUGGCAGAAGACUAUAUACCUUUUUUAAUCCGCCAGUUUUUAACUUGAAUUUUUAAGUUCACUAACAUUUAAUUUUGAUGCGACACUUGUAAUACGGAUUAUCCCUAUUUAGUACACAGGUGAUCGGUUGGAAAAAUACAGACAUUCUACAAGCUGAAUGACCAGAGCAGUUCAAAAUAGUGGGCUUUCGGACCAGGAAUCACAAAACACGGACAACUACCUUGAUUCAUCUUCACCUGACCAUCAUCUUCAUCAUCCAACAGGAAUGACAAGUGUAGCCUACAGUCAGCCAUCUGUUCUACCUCCAUCAUCAAUGUCCGCCAAGGCACCACCAUACUCCGUCAAUGGUCUUAGUCUGGCACAGUCAAACAUGGAUUUGAUGCACCCAGCUAUGGGAUACCCAUCAGAUUUUUAUGUUUCAGUUGGAAAUCCCCGCAAACAGAGACGUGAAAGAACAACUUUUACUAGAGCACAGCUUGAUGUCCUCGAGGCUUUGUUCCAAAAGACAAGAUAUCCAGACAUUUUUAUGAGGGAAGAAGUAGCCUUAAAAAUAAAUCUACCAGAAUCACGAGUGCAGGUUUGGUUCAAAAAUAGAAGAGCUAAGUGUCGUCAGCAACAAAAGGCACAAGAAGGAAAACCAAAACCCCCAACACCAAAGAAGUCUAAAUCCCCACCACCUCCAUCAACCUCUCCGGUAUACUGUAAACCACCAAUAGUCUCUAGUCCCGUUACCAACGGUGGUAUGAAUACUGGAUCAUCUAUAUGGAGCCCGGCAGCUAUCCCACAAGUAAAUGAUAUCAUGAAUUCUAAUAGCUGUAUGCAGCGAGGAGGCUAUCCUAUGUCAAAUUCACAACCAACAUCAUAUCCUCAUCAAAAUUAUGGACAUUCAUCCUAUUAUGGAAGCAUGGACUACUUGAAUCAUAUGCAACUUCCAGUGAUGACAAAUCAAAUGAAUAACGCGGGUCUUACAAAUGGUAACCAGGUUGGAUCAUACGGCUCCUUGGCCGCGCAAGGUUAUUCACGACCAGUCGAAUGCGACUACAAAGACACAUCAUCAUGGCCGAAGUUCCAAGUCUUAUGAGAGUCAAUUACUAAACAGACAGAUAUUAUUCAAAUGAUAUAUUGAAACGAACAAAAAUUAUCUACUCGAGCAGACGUUUAUCGUCAGGGAGAUGUGUUACCUCGUCUGCAGCGCACGGAUUCGUGUACAUUCCACUUCAAACGAUCUCAUUAGUGGACAGAUAAUGAUGAAAACUUGCCACAUCCACGGAGUGGGGCCGCGUCCACCGAGUGGAUUUUUUCAGUGCUGUAUUGUAUAGUGAUUGUGGUGCAAAAAACGUGUUGUUAAAUACAAAAAAUAUUCACCUCAUGACAAUCUCAACAACGUGCAUAAUAUUUGGUUGUCAUUUCAUGGGGCAGCCAUUUUAAAGCAUUUUAAUUUAUAUCCAUGACGCUUUUGUUUUCAUAUUUAAUUUUAUUGAAAUAUUACCAAAUACUCAAAUUGUUCUUAUAUUUCUGACACCAUUGACAACGAUUUACCAGAACGAAAUUUCUCGAUCAUCUUUUUUUAUUUGAUUCGUAAUAUUUUUUUUUAUUCCCGAAUGAGAGAUGAGCGAUUGUUAAUUGAUUGUUUUGUAUACAAUGGGUGAUGUAAUAAAUUAUAUAUAUUUUAUUUGAGAUAUUUUGCGUGAAUUGUGUAAAUGUAUUGUGCAUGCUCAUACUCAUCCGCCACAAACUAUGUUUUGAUGAGAUAUAUUUUACAAAUUGGAACAGUCUGUUCUAAUAAAUUGUUGUUUGAAAACAAAAA